AUACAUAGAAAAUAAAAGCAAACAACAAAUAUUAAGGUGUGAACAGUUUUUAAGUGUGAGAGAAAAUGUAUAUGACAAGACCACUAUCCAUGUACAAAAGGAAUCCUGCUGCUCUUUCAGACCCUCCUCCAAUAGGGCCAAAUUCAGGUUAUCUUGUAAUCUUCGAUGAAGAAGCUCAGACAUACUCAUGUUUCGGUUUGUGCAAGGACAACUCGAUUGAGGAUCUUCCUUUUCCUCAGAAUAAAAACUUAACCAUCAAUUAUUCAAGCGACGAUGAAGAAGCCUUGUUUGUUCCCGUGUUGAAUAAGCCACUCUCUUCGAACCACUACUAUGUGAUAAGAAGGACGGGGAAGCAUCAAGGUCAAGCUAGCACCAGUUCAAAGGAAGAGAACAUGGACACUUGUUUAUGUUGUAGCUAUGUCCGAGAUGUAAAGCCAAAACCUUUGGAUCCCUCUGAUGAUUAUCAACAAGUUGAAAUAAUCAAGAAGAAUUAUGGUUUCCAUGCAAAAUCCGUUGCCCCAGAUGGAAUUCCUCCUGGUUUAUUGAGGGAAAAAGGUUGGACAGUUUAUGCUCAAAGUCCUAACAAUUACCAUUUAGGGGAAGCUUUAGGCUCCAAUGAUUCCUUGCGUGCCAAGUUUCCAGAUUUUAACUUUCCAUUGUCCAAUGAUUGUUCUAAAUCUGUGGUUGUUGGAAAGUGGUAUUGCCCUUUUAUGUUUGUGAAGGAAGGAAUGACACUGAAGGAGCAAAUGAAAAAGUCAGUGUUCUAUGAGUUGACACUCGAGCAAAGAUGGGAAAAGAUAUUUUCGAAGGAAAAUGGAGACAAUGGAAAAGAUCAUGCUGUGCUUGUGGAUGUUGUGGUGCAAACUAAAAGUGCCAAGGUUGUAGGAAGGGAAGAUGUUUGGGAUGAGAAUGGUGUGGAUAAUGAUAGGGUGAUGUGGUUUAAGGAUGUUGGAUCAAAGACAACUAGUGUUGGAUUGAGUAUGGAAAUUGUUGAGGGCAUGAAAUGGGAACAAGAGAAAGUUGGGUGGAUUGGUGGGAGGGAAAGGCAAGUGAGAGUGGAAAGAGUAGAAGAGUUUGGAGGAAUAAAUAGUUGGAACAAAUUUGGCUGUUAUGUGCUGGUUGAAAGUUUUGUGUUCAAGAGAAUGGAUAGAACAUUGCUCCUAACUUGUGAUUACAGGCACACACAUCAAAUUAGAUGUAAAUGGGAGUGAUUUUACACUACCGUUGAAUUUAUUGUUUUGUUUGACAGUGUUUCUUAUUGUGCAUAUAUUACGUCUUUGUUAUAAAAUUUUGUUCAAAUUCUGGUGUGAAAAGCAAGAGUCAAUACUCGAUACAAUACAUUGAGAAUACUAUCAGGAUGCUUUUUUAAUUUUAAUUCGAUUUAAGUUCUUUAAUAUAUCUAUAAUUUCUUUU